CAGCCUCAGUCAUGGCGCAAGCGAUCUCAGAGAAGAUAUGGGUCGCUAUUCCCGUGACGACUGAACAGACAUCAACCACGGCAACACAAAAGGGCUUGACCAACCGGUUGCGUGUGAAGAUGCACGGCGCUGAUUCCGAGGUGCUCCAGUCCGACAGGGCAGAACGUGUUUUUGGCGUGCCUUUGCAGACUAGUAUAAGCUAUGCGAGUUGCACAUUUUCUCUAAGUAGAAAUGGCGAAGAGUUCUUGCAUGGACAGAUACCACUUGUGGUAUUCAAGUCUACGCACGGCAAUCUUGAAAAUAUAUUUUCAGAUACCGGGUCUGAAUCCAUUGUCAGAGAAAUCAGAGCCGUCUUUGAUUCGCCUACACAUUCCUAUGGAAGUAAAUUCAACUUCUCCUUUGGUCUUCAAACACCCUAUGAGAUCGGUCAUGUAUUGCUCCAAUAUCUCAACGAGCUUCCCGAACCCGUCAUUCCUCUGACGUACUACGAACGGUUCUGCCGGCCCUUGAGAGAAACCCAAUACCGGGUUUCUCCAGUGCUAAAGGACGAACCUCUACCCCUCGAAGACACGAUCCGUGGCUACCAGAUGCUUAUCACCGAACUGCCCACCAACAAUGGUCACCUAUUCCUGUACGUUCUUCUGGUUCUGGCCGUCUUUGUUGACAACCAUAAACUCAACAAGACGAAAACAGCUAAUCUCGCCGCGAUAUUCCAGCCGGGCCUCCUAUCGCAUCCCCUCCACGUACUCCCUCAUAUGCUCCGGAUUAGCCAGAACGUGCUGAUUUUUCUUAUCGAUCAUCGAGACAAGGUUUUAACCAAUAUGCCUGGAACGGCCUCAAGCUCAAUAUCAUUGGUCAAACCUCGAGUCGAGCCGUCGGAGCCGACGACUUCUUCGCCCCUCGAACAGAGGAACACUCCACCCGAUUGGAAUUUGCCUUCCUCUGGCACCACAGGCGUUUGGACGAAUUUUUGGACCAAUACUGGGGACGGAUCCCAGCGCAUCAACUCUGGACAAAAGCGGCAGUACAGGGAUCACCUAGAGGCCGGCGUCAGUUCUUCUUCUUCUUCUGCUGCUGUUCAACCCACCGCUCGUCCCUCUGAGCUUGCUACGAACAAACAUCAGGAAGUCCAUGACUUCAUGGCCCAGCGUGGAUCUCAGUCCUCCAGCAUCUUGACUGAGGAAAUUUCCGAAUGGCUUCGUGAGGGCCCUCAAAGAUCUAGAGAUGCAAGCAUCGUUUGGCUUGAUUCGAACCGCCAUGUUCCGCAUUUUGUCGUUUACGAGUUAGCUGACUUUGCCGAAGAGAGUAAGUCUGAUAAGACUGCCCCUACCACCUUCGGAUCUGCUAGCCUUCUGCAUCUGUCGGCCACAUCAAAUGUUGUGCAGAAAUCAGAAGCGACCAGUCCCACCAUGGAAACUGCUGUCGAGCAUGGUGAGGAAGGUAUCGUCGAGAGUGUGACACCGAAACGCGCGGAUUCUGAUGAAUCAUCAGAAUACUAUGAGCUCCCUGAAGAGGAAGACCCAUAUAAACAUAUUCCGGAGGAAGACAGUGACUCUAGCAAGACUAUUCCUGCCACCCUGUUGGAUGUGAAACCGCCAAAGACGACCAGUCUCUCCAUGGCACCAAAUGCCGAGCAUGAGAAGGAAGUCACGGUCCAGAGUAUGGCACCAGAUUGUGCAGAUUCCAGUGAUUCUUCCGAAUACUAUGAGCUCCCAGAACAUCCACCUAAUCUCACUCGAGAGAAAUUAGAAGGCCAACCCACUAUGAUGAGUAGUGAAACAGCAGUGCCUACAAUUGAUCUCCAGCAGAAUCUCACAAAACGCUUAGGGCAUUACUUUGGUGAGCACGACGAGCCUCGGGUCGAAUAUAGUGAUACAGAAAUCAGCGACAUCUCACGGCUGCUGCAACGUUUGGACCCGUCAUGGAGCAAACUUCCACGCGUGUACAUCAUCCUCCGCAUAAUUGGCUGCCUGCACGCUAUGCCUACUUUUGUUGAUGUUGGAUUCUCCGACUACAACUUUCCGGUCACGCCCAGAAGUUUGCCUCCCAACCUAAGCCCCAAGGCCCGUUCUGAUUUUGUCAAAACUCAAGCCAUGGUCACAACAAAAUCACUCAAUCUGGAGAAACGUGAGGGUGGCCGGCACUGCUUCUUCAGGAAGAAUGAGUACAUACCACUCAAACCUGAAGGUUUCCUGGGAGCCGGUGGAUUUGGUCAGGUAGACAAGGUUCUCAGCUUGAUCAGCUUCAAGAGAUAUGCAAGAAAACGCGUGCUCAGAACUGCAGCAUUCGAUGGCAGAAAUGCCACGGCUCAAAAGGCGUUCAUCAAGGAGAUAGAGAUCCUCAAACGCUUGUCUCACUGGCAUGUCGUGGAGUUCGUGGGCAGCUAUACCGACCACAGAUACAUUGCGGUGCUCAUGGAACCGAUUGCAGAUAUGGAUCUUACCGCAUACUUGAGGCGCGCAGAUCAAACAAAAUAUCGAGAGCUAAGAACAUUCUUUGGGUGUCUCUCCAGAGCACUGGAGUUUCUGCACGAGCAAAAUGUCCGACACAAAGACAUCAAGCCGCAAAACAUACUCUUCGAAGCAGGUCGGGGCGUAUUAUUCACGGAUUUUGGUUUGGCACUCGACUUCACAGAGGCCAGCCGCAGCACGACUAUGGGCAUGGUCAACUGGAUGACUCCCAUGUACUGCGCGCCAGAAGUUGCUGCAGAAGAGCCUCGGAGCACAUCUUCCGACAUCUAUAGCCUGGGCAUUGUCUUUUUGGAGAUGAUCGUCGUCCUCAAAGGUCACUCGGUUGAUUAUAUGAAAUCCUACUUUGGGGGAAAUGGUUCCAAGAAUUCGGUCAUUCGCAAAAACAACGAGGCUCUUCACAGCCUUCUUGUCGAACUCGAAAACAUCGCAGCAGUUUCUGACAAUAUGGUGCUGACUUGGGUUGAACAGAUGCUCAAGCACAACCAAAAGAUGCGACCGACGGCUGCUUCAUUGGCGACAUGGUGUACUCUGCCUGACGAAAACGGUAUCAGGCAAUUCGCCGGGAUCUGUUGUCUGUCGCCAGACGAGAGCCACUCUGAAGCAUCCGACGACUAUCUGGAUGAGGUUGAUGAGCCGUCGGUA